AUGGCCUCACCCGGGGCUGUUUUGACAUUGUCCGGAAAGGAUGUUGAGGAAGAUCGCGAGCUUCUGAAUGAAGAGGAGAUCGAGGAGGAUGAAAAUGAUGUCAGCCUCGAGAUGGAUGCGUCACAACGAGCAUACCUCGAAUUCCACCGACAAUUAGACGAAUUUUUGGCACCCUUGACUUUGGGCGAGGCAGUGUUAUACAAACUGGCUCGUCGCUUCUCCGAAGUUUACCGCGAGCUGGCUCUGACUUCGGAUCAACAAUUUCUGCCUACACCGGUGACUCAGCUGCCGACGGGCCAAGAGACCGGACGAUACCUGGCUAUUGACGUGGGGGGUAGCAACUUGCGCGUUGCAUUUAUUGAACUGUUGGGCGAGGUUGAUGAUACAGAUAGUCGUUCCGCAGACGCAUCUGAAAGGUCCCAAGAUACCAUUCGCAAAGCUCAGCGACAACGAGUCAAGCGAACGUUAGAACGGGCAUGGCCCAUUCAAGAGCACUUGAAAAAAGACCAGGCGGAAGAUCUGUUUGCCUGGAUCGGAGAUUGUAUCGCGGAAGUGGUGGCAGAAAGCCUAACUUCAGAUCAGUCACGGAAAUACGUUCCCGCCGAGCUGGACAUGGGCAUUACUUUCAGUUUCCCAAUCAUGCAGGAAUCCCUCGCGGAAGCUACGCUGAUGCCCAUGGGAAAAGGAUUUGCCAUUACUUCAAAUCUCGACCUGCGUAAUAUCCUUUUGGCUGGAUACGAGAAACACACGAGGAGACCUGACGAAGACGACGAGCCUUCGUCGAAACGACGAAAGCUGUUUGCGCUCCCAAAACUCAAUAUUCAAGCUAUAACCAACGACGCGGUUGCAACUUUGGCUUCCCUGGCGUACAAGGUGAAAUCGCUGCCAAACAGCCGAGUCGCUAUGGGCAUCAUCGUCGGCACUGGAUGUAAUGCCACUAUUCCUAUGAAAUUGAAAGAUCUCCACGACUCCAAAGCAAAGAGUGUGCACAUGAUGAACGCGGAUGCCGUGGAGACCAUCGUCAAUACCGAGUGGACGAUUUCAGGAGCAGCCUCACCCUUACAGGAACUGCAAAUCACCACGAAAUGGGACGCUCUCUUGGAUCAAGCGUGCGCGCGUCCGGGGUUUCAACCAUUUGAAUACAUGACUGGUGGCCGAUACAUCGGGGAGCUGAUUCGCUUGAUUCUAUCCGACUACCUUACGACCGUUGCAGGGGUGCCCAGGCACAAUUUGCCUGCUUGUCUGGUUCAAGAAUACGCUUUGACAACGACGUACAUCUCCGAUAACGUGGCCAGAGCGAAGUCGGAUCAGGAUCUUGCAACCUUCCUGAAUCAGUCAUUACCUCCUCCCGAGAGCAGCGAUUGGCAAUGGGACUCCCGUGCAGCCGGUGCCUUCCGAAAAAUCGCACGCACCGUACAAGCGCGAUCGGCAGGGCUGAUCGCCGCCGCGGUAAUCGGGCUGUUGGCCUGUUGUCAUGAGAUUGAAUUGAAAGAAGAGAGCACAGCCAACACGCCUGAGGCUCCAGCUUCUCCACAUAGCAAUGGAGAUGUUCCGAUCACAAGCAGCACAGCGAGCCCCUCGGCCAUCACACCAUCAAGUACGACCAAUGUUCACGGCCAUGUCGUACCAGUGCUCCAACCGCUACCCGCGGAUUGGCAGUCAGGGCCUGAAGAACUCGUUGUCGCUUACACGGGUGGUAUUAUCCAACAUUAUCCGCAGUUCAAGGAAAUGUGUCAACAACAAAUUGACCGUCUCAUCAUGCGCACGGGUCCACAGCGAGGUGGCAAAUCUGUGUUUCUACGUGAGGCUUCAGAUGGUGGCGUUAUUGGUGCUGGCGUCCUAGCAGGCAUGGUUGCAGGGAAGUAG